GCUGUUGCAUCAGCUCGGGAGCGAGGGCAGGCGGAGGCAGCAGCAGCACCGGGAUGGCAGCAGCCGCCAGCGCCGAGCACGCUUCCAGCUACAGUUUUAUUCUGAGCAUUAGUGAAGAGGAAGCCAGGGUGAAGGCUCUGAACGAGUACCUGAGCACUCGUAGUUAUAUCCAGGGGUUCACAUUUUCACAUGCAGAUGUGGAGGUGUUCAGAAAGUUUUCGGGGCCACCUGUGGACCAGUAUAUCCAUGUUGUCCGGUGGUACAGACACAUAGAAGCAAUCUAUGAUGGCAGCAGUGAAAAAAAUGAGCCUUGUAAACUUCAAACAAGUAAAGGCAAACGUGUGCAGCCCCCCUGGUCUCCCCCUGAAGGCACAAAACAUUCCAGGCUCUGCCUCUACAACAGCCUGACUCGCAGUAAGGAAGUGUUUCAGCCUCAGAAUGGAAAAAAGGUCUUGUGGUAUUGCUGUGGUCCAACAGUUUAUGAUGCUUCUCACAUGGGACAUGCCAGGUCCUACAUCUCAUUUGAUAUCCUGAGAAGAGUCUUGAGGGAUUAUUUUAAAUAUGACGUUUUCUAUUGUAUGAAUAUUACAGAUAUUGAUGAUAAGAUCAUCAAGAGAGCAAGACAAAAUUACCUUUUUGAACGAUAUAGAGAAAACAAAUCAACACCAGAUCAGCUACUUGAAGAUGUUAGAACUGCCGCAGAGCCUUUUUCACUUAAACUAAAUGAAACAACAGACCCAGAUAAAAAGCAAAUGUUGGAAAGAAUUCAAAAUGCAGUGAAGUCUGCUUUUGACCCUCUACAAGAAGCUGUCCAAGCAAAGCACCCUGCUGAAGAGAUCAACAGAUGUCAAGAGACACUGUUGGAAGAAGCCAAAGACUUGCUGUCUGACUGGCUGGACACAAAAUUUGGCAGUCAGGUGACUGACAAUUCCAUAUUCUCAAAGCUCCCCAAAUUCUGGGAAGGGGAAUUUCAUAAAGAUAUGAAAGCACUCAACGUUUUACCUCCAGAUGUUUUAACACGGGUUAGUGAAUAUGUGCCAGAAAUUGUGGAUUUUGUGAAGAAGAUUGUGGAUAAUGGCUAUGGGUAUGUGUCCAAUGGAUCCGUAUACUUUGAUACUAUGAAGUUUGAUGCCAGUGAAAAACACUCCUAUGCUAAGUUGGUUCCUGAAGCUGUAGGUGAUCAGAAAGCUCUUCAAGAGGGUGAAGGUGACCUGAGCAUCUCAGCUGAUCGCUUAAGUGAGAAACAUUCUCCAAAUGAUUUUGCUUUAUGGAAGUCCUCCAAGCCAGGAGAGCCCUCAUGGGACUCUCCAUGGGGAAAGGGUCGUCCAGGUUGGCACAUCGAAUGUUCUGCGAUGGCUGGAUCCAUUCUGGGAGAGUCGAUGGACAUUCAUGGAGGAGGCUUUGACCUCCGAUUUCCUCACCACGACAAUGAACUGGCACAGUCCGAGGCAUACUUCGAAAAUGAUCACUGGGUUCGGUAUUUUCUGCAUACUGGUCACUUAACAAUUGCUGGCUGCAAAAUGUCCAAAUCCUUGAAGAAUUUCAUUACCAUAAAAGAUGCACUGAAGAAACACACAGCACGACAGUUACGGCUGGCUUUCCUCAUGCACUCUUGGAAGGAUACACUGGAUUAUUCAAAUAAUACCAUGGAGUCAGCUAUUCAAUAUGAGAAGUUUAUGAAUGAGUUCUUUUUGAAUGUGAAGGAUAUUCUUCGAGCUCCCACUGAUGUGACAGGACAGUUUCAGAAAUGGGAAAAUCAAGAAGUAGAGCUGAACAAAAAUUUUCAUGAGAAGAAAGCAACAAUUCAUGAAGCACUGUGCGACAAUAUUGAUACCCGCUCUGUCUUAGAAGAAAUGCGCUCAUUAGUCAGCCAGAGUAACUCCUAUAUUGCUGCAAAGAAAUCUUCCAGACAGAUGCCGAACAGACUUCUUUUAGAAAACAUCAGCUCCUAUCUCACUCAAAUGCUAAAGAUUUUUGGUGCCAUAGAAAGUGAUGAUGCAAUUGGUUUUCCUGUUGGAGGGACUAGUCAAAACAUAAAUAUUGAAUCUACAGUGAUGCCAUACCUCCAAGUUCUUUCUGAGUUCAGAGAAGGAGUACGACAAAUUGCCAGAGAGAAAAAAGUAACUGAAGUGCUGCAGUUGAGUGAUGCUCUUCGGGAUGACAUCCUGCCAGAACUUGGAGUUCGAUUUGAAGAUCAUGAAGGACUUCCAACUGUGGUUAAAUUAGUGGAUAAGGACACAUUAUUGAAAGAAAGAGAAGAAAAGAAAAAGAUAGAAGAAGAGAAAAAAAGGAAGAAGGAAGAAGCAGCCAGGAAAAAACAACAGCAGGAAGCAGCAAAACUGGAAAAAAUGAAGAUUCCACCACAUGAAAUGUUUAAAUUGGAGCUUGACAAAUAUUCCAUGUUUGAUGAAAAUGGAUUUCCCACCCAUGAUACCGAAGGCAAAGAACUUAGCAAAGGACAAAUUAAGAAGCUAAAGAAACUUUAUGAAACCCAAGAAAAGCUACACAAGGAGUAUCUACAAAUGGUUCAGAAUGGAAGUGCAAAUUGAAGACAACAGGACUUUUUAUUUGGAAGGCGAGUGCUGGGCUCCCAUUGAAGAAGUGAGCAUAUACUGAUGCUCAAAUUUCUGUUUACACUUUCUAUUAUGUGCAAAGUAAAAUUCCUGUUUACGUGGGUUAAUAAUGUCAUCUGGAAAUGCAAUAAAAAUCCAUUAUUAAAAAGGCCAA